UGCUCAUCGCUUACAAACGGCGAAAAAGCAAGAGACAAAAUGGCGACUUCUACGAAUAACUAUUAUGAUUUGUAUCGUCACGGGAGUCUCGGCGUUGCCUUGACAGACGCCCUGGACGAGUUAAUUGGCGACGAGCGCAUCGACCCACAACUCGCCAUGAAGGUCCUCACCCAGUUCGACCGUGUCAUUUCCGAGACUCUGCAGGAAAAGGUUAAGUCACGUUUGACCUUCAAGGGUUCUCUCGACACUUACCGAUUCUGCGACGAAGUUUGGACCUUCCUCAUCCGUAACGUCACCUUCAAACUCGACAAUGGCAGCAAUACGGUCGUGGCCGACAAGGUCAAGAUCGUUAGUUGCAGUUCUAAGAAGACCGAGGAGAAGUAGGAAAACACUCCACGUCGGAAACGGAACUCAACGUCAGAAGUGAAGGUGAAAAGGGAGAUGAAUUAGGCGGCCCUCCAGCGCGAGACGGCGUGGAUGCGGGAGUAAAGAGGGGAACGGAGCAUGCAAUGAAGCAUGCAAUGAAGCAUGCAGGGAGCGGAGGCAGGAUUGGAGUUGGAAUGGCACGCACCGUUGAGGUUGCGGUGCAGACGGAGAGGCUACCGCCUUAGCCCCCUACGAGUUGCCGCCAACCGUUUCAGAAUGCUUCAACAUUGAUACCUCAUAAGGGUUGUCUUUUCAGGGAACUGGGUUAUGACUGGCGUUGGCAUCGGAGCACAUUACGGUCUCAGAAACUGCAUCUAAGGGCAUGGCGUAACGGAUAAGGAGAGGUCGUCGCACGAGAUCAGCUUAGCACAAGGCCCUACUUUUAUAACAUGAAUUCUAGCGCAAACUCAAUGGCGACGGGUAAAUCCGAGUUGCAUUCUUGA